UAAAGCUGCACUUAAAUGGGGAAUGGGAUCUGGAAGGGACUUCCUGUUGUCCCUAAUCCCAGCCUCCACCGGGCUUCCCGGCCCGUUCAGUUCUGGCUGCAAAGACCCGCUCCACCCCCCGGGAGAGGGGCUCCACGGCUCCCCAGUAUCCUGGCUAAAACCUGGCGGGGGCUUGACGAGCAGGGGAGAGAGAACCAUCUGCUGUUCUUCCUCGUUCUGAUACAGAAGAUGCCCGCAGACAGUAAAAGCAUCCUGGCUACGGAGAGCGAGCAGAGAACCCAUGCGGUUCCAGGUCACGGGCAGUGCUGUGGAGACAUGCUCUUUGGGCAGGAGGAGACAGUACCCUUGGGAACCUCUCAGGAGUCAACACAUGUUAAGGCAGAGCCAGAAGAACCACACCCUGAGGGGGCAUCACUGGAGGACAGGGCUCUAGGAACUCAGGGCUGGAUGCCCCAGAGUCCUGGCUCUAAGGAGAAAGCCCUGUUCCUGCCCAGUGGAGUUCUUCCCUUACCCUGGAUUCCUGUACUUUCCCGAGCCAGAAGGACCAGAGAACAGCAGGCGGCUGCAGCUCUCCUCACUGCCUGGUCCCAGAUGCCGGUGACCUUUGAGGAUGUGGCUCUGUACCUCUCCCGGGAGGAGUGGGGAAGGCUGGACCACACACACCAACAUUUCUACAGGGAUGCACUACAGGAAAAAGGUGGCCUGGCUUUGGGGUUUCCGUUUAGCAGACCUUUCUGGGUCCCCCAAGUUCAGGGGAAGGGCGAGGUGGCAAGUUCCAGCAGACCAACAGGAGCUGAGGAGAGGCGAGGCCUUGGCUCAGGAGCUGUGGAAAUGGGGAAGUUGGUACCAACCCUAGCCAUGGCAACCCUAGGGGAUGAGAAACCCUUAAGGACCAGGGCCAGGUGGGCUCCAGGGGAAGAGCCACAGUGUGGUCAGCAAGUGGCUAGCGGCCUGGAUGCAAAGAUGGCCAGAGACGCUGGAGAAGCCAGGCAGCCAAAGCCAUCCCCACCCAACACAUGCCCUCUCAAGACCCCAAAGGACGGCGGUCCAGAGAAGCCCAUGGAGGAGGAGAAGGGUGUCCUGGAAAGUGGCGAGGAGGGUCUGGUCCCUGACGGUGAAACAGGCAAGAAGAUGUACACGUGCACACAAUGCGGCAAGGGCUUCAGCUGGCACUCGCACCUGAUGACGCACCGGCGCACGCACACGGGUGAGAAGCCCUAUACCUGCACCGACUGCGGCAAGCGCUUCGGCCGCAGCUCACACCUCAUCCAGCAUCAGAUCAUCCACACGGGUGAGAAGCCCUACACCUGCCCCUCAUGUUGGAAGAGCUUCAGCCACCACUCCACACUGAUCCAACACCAGCGGAUCCACACCGGUGAGAAACCCUACGUGUGUGACCACUGUGCCAAGCGCUUCACCCGCCGCUCGGACCUAGUCACACACCAGGGCACGCACACCGGUGCCAAGCCACACAAGUGCCCUAUCUGCGGCAAAUGCUUCACUCAGAGCUCUGCUCUGGUCACACACCAGCGCACCCACACCGGCAUCAAGCCCUACCCGUGCCCGGAGUGCGGCAAGUGCUUCAGCCAGCGCUCCAACCUCAUCGCGCACAAUCGCACGCACACGGGCGAGAAGCCAUACCACUGCCUCGACUGCGGCAAGAGCUUCAGCCACAGCUCGCACCUAACUGCCCACCAGCGCACCCACCGCGGUGUGCGGCCCUAUUCCUGCCCACUCUGUGGCAAGAGCUUCAGCCGCCGCUCCAACCUGCACCGGCAUGAGAAGAUCCACACGACCGGACCCAAGGCUCUAGCCAUGCUCAUGCUGGGGGCGGCGGCGGCGGUAGGGGCGCUCACUGCACCCCCAUCUGCUCCCACUUCGAUCUCCGCGCGGACUUCCGGCUCCGGGAGCUGGUGGGGAAGCUCCGACCACCUGGCGGCUCGGGGCGGUGUGUCCUGGGGGCGGGACCGGGGCGUCGUGGUGAGCGGUCGGGCUCCUGCGGAUUCGGCGCCCGAGGCGCAGGCCGGAGGGGACGCGCUCCUCUGGGCAGCGCGGCCGCUGGCGGCUCCUUGCACUCCGGGUCCCCGUCGCUCUCGCCAGGCUGCUGGGACCGUCCCCUUUUCCCACGUCCUGCCGAGCGACCCUGGGUCGGCUGUGGAGUCCCAGGCUAGGGUUGACUUAGGCCAGGGAAUGGCAUCCUUCCGGGAGCUUCAAGACCAUGCUCCUGGGGAGGAAGAAGGACUUCUGAUUGUGAAGGUGGAAGAUUGCUCUUGGGAGCAGGAACCUGCCCAGCAGGUGGACAGUGAGGAUUCAGAAGCUUGCCGCCAGCGCUUCCGUCAGUUCUGCUACCGGGAUGUGGCUGGGCCACAGGAAGCCUUCAACCAGCUCUGGAAGCUCUGCUGCCGCUGGCUGCAGCCGGAGCUGCACAGCAAGGAGCAGAUCCUGGAAUUGCUGGUGCUGGAGCAGUUCCUGGCUGUGCUGCCAGGGGAGAUUCAAGCCCAGAUACAGAGACGGCACCUUGGGAGCGGCAAGGAAGCUGUCGCUUUGGUGGAGGACAUACAGAAUCAGUCGUUGAAAGCCGGGCCACAGGAUGAGCCCUCUGAAGUGGAGCCUAAGGCAGCAAGCCAGGCACUCCAAACUCCUCGGCCUCCCCAGAAGCAGCUCCCUGCACCCCAAGCGCAGCACAGCCAUGCCGAGCUUCCUGUUCUUAAAGAAGGACAGACAGGAGAGACGACGGAUGUCUCCUUUGCCUCCGCAGUGCCUCUGCCUGGGAGACCUCAGCUGAGUCAUAGCUCCCCAUUCCAAAAACCUGUGGCAUCAGAAGACAUCCCUUUCUAUUUUUCCCGAGAAGAAUGGGGCUCCCUGGACCCUGCUCAGAGGGAUCUCUUCUGGGACAUAAAGAGAGAGAACUCCCGGAAUGCUGCUCCCAGUUUGGGAUCCAAAAGCCAGAACAAGAGAUCUCCAGAGGAGGCUGUGACAACAAUGUCGGGACAGACUAACUGUGAAGUGACUAUGUCCUGCAAUCCCGAGGAGGCUGACACCGAGGUCUGGGAGACCAAGAACCCACCGAGGACAGCCGUGGGACCGCUGGUGGAGGCGCAUCGGGGGCGGCCGCCCACGCGCAGGCGCCAGUGUCAGGAUUUAGUGACUGAGAAGCCGCACAGCUGCGGGCAGUGCGGGAAGCGCUUCCGCUGGGGCUCAGACCUAGCCCGGCACCAGCGAACACACACUGGUGAGAAGCCACACAAAUGUCCUGAAUGCGACAAGAGCUUCCGCAGCUCUUCGGACCUGGUGCGUCACCAGGGCGUGCACACGGGCGAGAAGCCCUUCUCCUGUUCUGAGUGUGGCAAGAGCUUCAGCCGGAGCGCCUACCUGGCAGACCACCAGCGCAUCCACACAGGGGAGAAGCCUUUCGGCUGCAGCGAGUGCGGGAAGAGCUUCUCAUUGCGCUCCUACCUGCUGGACCACCAGCGUGUGCACACGGGCGAGCGGCCUUUUGGCUGUGGCGAGUGUGACAAGAGCUUCAAGCAGCGUGCACACCUUAUCGCGCACCAGAGCCUACAUUCCAAGACGGACCUACUCGGGAAGCGCCUAACUGUCGUGCUGUGAGCCCUGAGACACACUGGCCUGCAGGUCUGGACAUUAGUGGAGGUGGUGGCUGUAGCAGCAGGCUGGCUCUGGAGAACACCCGUUCCUCCAGAUGUGCGGCCUCUGUUGUACUUACACUAGCACUCUGUCAGUCAGCACUUUGUAGCUGACACCGGAGCACUGUAUUCAUGUUUUUAGUCUGCAUUGUGUGCAGACUGAUGUUAACAGGACAGCAUAGACCCUCCAAAAGGGCUCAGCUGAUGGGGUUCAGAAGGGUUUGAAUAAACAUGGACCUUUGCCUUGA